ACAUUUAUUCUUGCACAAUCAGCAAUUCUUUAAAUAUAUAUAACCCAAGAUAGCGGGGAGAGGAUCUCUUCAGCCACUGCACCCAUACACAACACUACUACACAUCUGUCAUUCAACAAUCGACCAUGUCCACUGCACAGCCGAUCUUCUCAAAGGGGGAAAACUGCAAACAAGUGUGGCACGACGCGAAUGCUGACUACAAUGAGGCCGAUACACACUUGGAGAUCAUGGGAAAACCCGUUAUGGAGCGCUGGGAGACUCCAUACAUGCACUCCCUUGCAACAGUUGCUGCAUCUAAAGGUGGACGGGUGCUUGAGAUUGGCUUUGGAAUGGCCAUAGCAGCCACUAAGGUGGAGUCCUUCCCCAUUGAGGAGCACUGGAUAAUCGAGUGCAAUGAUGGCGUGUUCCAGAGGCUGCAGGAAUGGGCCAAGAGUCAGCCACACAAAGUUGUUCCUCUGAAAGGCCUAUGGGAAGAUGUGGUACGAACUCUACCUGACAAUCACUUUGAUGGGAUUCUUUAUGACACAUAUCCUCUGUCAGAAGAAACGUGGCACACACAUCAGUUCAACUUCAUAAAGGGUCAUGCAAAUAGACUUCUGAAGCCCGGCGGUGUGCUCACAUACUGUAAUCUCACUUCCUGGGGUGAAUUACUGAAAAAUAAAUUUAACGACAUUGACCAAAUGUUCCAAGAGACACAAGUUCCCCACCUACUGGAAGCUGGAUUCAAAAAGGAGAAGAUCAGCACCACGUUGAUGGAUAUCAGUCCUCCCAGUGAAUGCAAAUACUAUUCCUUUAAUAAGAUGAUCACACCAACUAUUGUUAAACACUAACAAAACACAAACCCUGUGUUCCUACCCAUCAUUAUACUGUCAAUUAUCUCAAGAGCUUGCAAAUUAUUUAAUUCAUUUAUAAUGGCCGAUUGCAGUAAAGUCUCUCAUUAUGACUCCAAAAAAGUUUUACAAAUGACCAAGAGAUAUUUUUUUCUUCUUUUUUGAUUGUAUUACAUGAAAAUAAACAUUAACAUGAUUUACA